UGGGCGCAGCCUCCCUGGAACUUGGAAUCCGCGAAUUGCUUCCUCCCAAUCCCCAGUUCUCGCGGAGAGUGUGUUCUCGGUUUUGAGAGACGCGGUUUCCACUCUCUCUCUUUCUUUCUCUUUUCAUCUCUACACCUCUUCCCCUUUAUUCUUGUUUUUUUUUCGCGUAUUGCAUAUUAUCGCGAGAAUAAUUAUUAAAAAUAUCUGUCCGUUCGGCGCGUUGACGCCAACCGAACACUGCCAUUGUGGAUCUGUCAUUCCGUCCGCUCUCCGAAAAAAAGAGGAAAAAAAAGAGAAGGAAAAUAGUUCGCGCCGAGGGUUGCCCUCGUCCGAUAAUACUGCAGACCAGCCGCGAUGAAAGCCGUUGACCCGCGCGCCCGUUAAUCAACCCUCUCUUCCUUCUCCCCUUCUCCUCCCCCUACUAUGCGAAAUCACAAUCACGAUCGUCGCGCGAAACCCUCGGUGUACGUUGUUUUACGACCCGCGGCGUAUCUCGGUGCUGCUUGAGGAGAUUUCGCGACUCUCCGUCUCUUUCUCUCUCUUUCGACGCAGCGUCUAUCUGUCAAACGUGAAACGUCAAAAAAAAAAAAAAAUUGGUGGAGGACGAUGUCUUGCGAACGCCGCUCCGCAAUGAUGUCGAUCGCUCGUCUUUAAGAGUCUCUAUCUCUUUCGCGAUCUAGACUUGAGAAGUUGCACUGUUCGUCGUGAGUGUUUUUACACUUGGAUUGUGAGUUCGGGAAAAUAAAAUGAUUAUGUAUACGGUCGCGGAAGAUCACAUGGGCGAUAACGAGAUCGCGCAGGUAAUUGCAUUUAUAUGUGGUAUCAUUGUGGUGUUGCUGAUGAUAAUGGGUCUGGCAUCGACUGACUGGCUAAUGGCUCUGGGAUGGAGACAGGGCUUGUUCGCUCAUUGUAUCGAAGAGGGUGCUCCAACGCCACUUCCCUUUAACAUGCCCGAUCCUCCGGGAUGUUAUCCUGCAAGAGACACAGCUUACAUAAAAGCAGCUGCAGCCUUAUGUGUAGUUUGCCUUCUAACAGACAUUGCUGCAACAAUUCUCACUGGUCUAGGUUUACGUACACAGGACCACAGAGACAAGCACAAAUAUUAUAGAUUUGCAGUGUUUUGUAUGGCUAUUGCAUUGGUGUCUCUCUUGAUAGCGCUGAUCAUAUACCCCAUAUGUUUUGCAGCAGAACUGAAUUUUGGAAACCGAACCAAUUGGGAAUUUGGUUGGGCAUAUGGCGUUGGUUGGGGUGCAGUCAUUUUUCUGGUUGGAGGAGCAGUACUGCUGUUAUGCGAGAAGGAAAGCGAAGAAAUUUAUUACAAGGAAAAGAAGACUGUUCGUGAUGAUAUAGGAAGUGGUGGUUCCAUGAUCGGUAUGGGACAUCACGGCGGACGAAGUGGAACGCAGCUAGCCUAGUGGCAUUGCUCCCUGCCCGAUGUUGUUCUCUAGGUGAUUUAUUUUAUCUUUUUCUGUUCUCACAGUUCAUACAUGCGCAUACGAAAAGACAUACAAAGGCUUAUAAGACAGGUUUCUUGAUAGUGUUUUUGACUCUAAUGCAAAGAAAACUAUCCUUACAGAUUCUCUGACAAAAUACUUUCCUCAACCUUAAUACUCAAAUAUGAAAACACAUUAACAGGUUUAUCAUAAUUAUAUAUAUGAGAGUAAAAAUAAAAAUAAUCUUUUGCGAAUUAAUGUUUAUAUACAUAAAAAGUAGAAAAUUUUCGCAUUUAUUAUUAAGUUCUAAGUUAUAACAGAAAAAAUUUACUAUCGAGAUCCAAUAUUAAACAUUGAUAAGAAAAAGAAGGACAUUUGUUGAGAAACUUAAGAGACUUAAAUAAUCAAAGAAUCUGUAAGUCAGUUUUUAUUGUAGUUGGAUAUUUGAAGAUAUCUGGAAUAGACAUAAUUUGAGUUUAUUAGACGGAUGUGUAUUUGAGUUAUUAUCAGUUUGACAUAAGAUCAUAAUAUCUCGUUAAAAAGAGUAACAAGCAUUUUCAUCUUCUCAUUUUAGACUAUUUCUUAUUUAUCAGUCACAACUUUUAUACCAACAAUUUCGGGACCAUUAUCAGCUUAAUUCUGUUAAUAUAUUUCCAUAUAUUUUCUACAUUUUGCAUAAUCUUGCACAAUUUUAUAUACAUGUGUAUGUUUUUUUUACUGCGAUUUAUAAUUGAAGGCUUAUCUGCGACAUAUAAUGUGAAAGCAUAUAAUGCGUAAACGCUGCAUUUAUUGUCCAGAAACUAAAUUAAUAAGAAUAUCAUACCGAGUCUCUGGGUAUUAUAUACAAAACAAUUCAAGCAGGAAUUUUAUGUUUUUUCUUCUUGCAUAAAUAACGAAGUAUGUACACACAUAACUGUUAUCAAUUAAUUCACAAAUAAACUUUAUAUUUUUUUA